GUUAGAGAUGAGGUUAUUAAAGCUCAUCGUUGUAUUUUGGCACAAAAUAGUGAAGUAUUCCAAAAAAUGUUGGAGGAGAAUGACAUGUUGGACAUAUCACAAAAUACUGAAAUUACAAUUCCUGACGUCUCUCCUGAAUGUGUUCGUGUUAUGUUGGAAUUAUUCUAUACUGGAGAAAUUAAAGACUUACCGGAAAGUAAUAUUGAUGAUCUUUUUGCUUUGGCACAUAAAUAUAAAGUGGAACCGUUAAAAUAUGAAUGUGAACAUUUUUUGUCUUCAAAGAUUAGCGGGGAUUGGAUUGAUGGGAAAAAUAUUUUAAAAUAUUGCAAAUUUAUUUGUUUGUAUAAAGCUGAAAUUUUGGAGAAAGCUUGUACAAAUUAUAUUCGAGUAAUUAAAAAUUGGUUUUUGAAAAGUAAAGAAUGGGAAGACGUUAAAAAUAAAUAUCCAGAAUUGGCUAUGAAGUUUUUGGAAAUUGGAUAUUUGGAAAUUGGGAAUAAUACUAAUAAAUAUUUAAAUUAUCCAAUGUAUUGA